CUGUGGCUUUCACUGACAAACGUGAACAGUGCGACUCUUACAGUACAAUAACAAUGCCGAAAAAAAAGGAUAUGAAUAGCCUGCUAAGGCUUUGUUUAAACAGUAUAGCUGCCAACAUGAAAGAGCUUUGGGCUAAAGAUUAUGUGCAGAACUAUGUGGAAGAAUACAACUUUCUGUAUAUUAUGGGCCCUUUUGACCAUCUCACUGGAAGUUUGGUGCAGGAACUAUUAAAAAUACUGGUGGAUGCUAACCAAAUGACCCGUGCUUACCUUCACUUGUUGCUUGUGCCCCACUUGAGUGAGCUAAGCCUAGGUGGGUGUGCCACCAUUGUCAGCAACCCUAUCUGUCAGCUGAUUAGCACACGUUGCAAGAACCUGACCUUUCUGGACCUGCACAAUUGUAAGCGUAUACACCCUUCCUGUUUAGUCGACAUGGUUGAGAUACUGCCUGGCCUGAGGAAGGUCAACUUCUCUGGAACCCAGUGUAAUACCCCAGUCCUGGUUGCUCUUGGAUUAAAUUGUACUGCCUUGAGAGAUCUUGACAUUUCUGAUUGUAGGAUGGUCACCUCUGUAGGUUUACUGUACCUUGCUUAUGACCCAUUGCGAGGUGUCACUACUGGCUCUCGACUCCAAAGACUGGUGGCAACAGAUAUUGACUCAAAGGAAAGUACCUAUAGUGUAGAGGCCAUAGUCUUUCUUCUACUCUCUUUGACUCAGUUGGAAUACUUGGAGCAUAACUGUCUGGUUGAUGCUUGCUAUUCUAUUGCCACUUUAAAUUUUGGAACACAGGACUGCUUUGCCAAAAAAGAAGGCUUCCCUUCUUUGUCUGAACUUGUUCAGCUGAGAAUGAACGACUCAAAACGUACCAUAUCCUUAAAUCUGAGAAGAAUGUUAGAAGUGGAGAUUGGCCUCUUGGAUAGUCUAGUACCUCUUAGUGAAAAGGUGGUAGAGGCAUCAAUUAAGUGUGGAAGUACCUUGAAAUCUGGGUGGGAGCAACUUUUAUGGCCUAACUUGAACCAGCUUACUCUUCAACAUUGUGGAACUCACUUCCUUGCCCUAGAGGAGCUUCUUCCUGUUUUAGAGAAUCUAGGUCCUAAUCUUCGCUAUCUUUCAAUUCAGGAUUUCUGCUUCAUUCAUGGCUCCACAAUUGGACAUAUUCUAACUCUGUGUUCUAACUUAGCGGUCUUCCACUGCCACUUGGAGUGUAUAGAGACUAAUCGUGUGCUUGAUGUCGGAGACGAAGAGGAUGAUGAUCUGUCAGUUUUAGCUAUGAAACAUCAUCUACCUCGUAUGAAAGAGUUCAUCCUCAGAUUUCCAGACAAUUGCUCUUCACUGCCUGCAGAGACCAGAGUUGCAAUAAAGAUGGCUUUGGUCUCCCUCCUCAAAGGUUCUUCAAAGUUGGAGAAGCUGCUGCUCCUUAGACUGCCCUUCUCCCUGGACAAAAUAUUUUUCAAAGUUUUUAAAGAAACCAGUUUUGCCUUAAGGAGCCUUCACACCAUGAGCUUAGCACACAGUGGGGUUUCUGUGGAUACUGCAUUCCAGCUCCUUAAUGAAGACAAUCAAUUGAGUCACCUGGACCUGAGCUACUGCCAGGACAUAAGUCGUAAAGACUAUGAACAGCUUAAGAGGAUGAUCAACAAGAAAAAGUUUGAUAUGCAUAUUACUUGGAAAUGAACACUCAAGGAAAUGUUAAAAAAAACAACAUUUAUUCAGACAUUUGGGAUGUUCGGUCUUGUCUGGUUAAAAAUGGUUGGAUUUUCAAGAUAUAAAUGUUUAACGAAAUGAUUUACAGAGAAUAUUUUAGGAGAAAGGGGUCAAAAGGGAUCCUGUAAUGCUGGGGAGAUUAAGGUAGAAUUACCAGUAAUGAAAUAGUGUUUAGACUAGCACUCAGAGCCAGCUAGAGCUGGCAGAGAACUGUAACCAGGGCAUUGUCAAGAAAAGGUAAGAAUGAGUGGGAGUUUGUUAAUAGGAGCAGAGGUACUGGAAACCAGUAUUUACCUCUGUAUUGAGUUAAUGGAAAGCAAAUGAAAAAUGGAUAUAAACUAUAUAAUAUUGGGGGGCUACCAGAUAUUCAGUACUGAAAAUUGCGGUCGGUAGCUUCAUUUCUCUUUUUUACACAUUGGGCCUGGAGUACUUUACAGUUCCCACUUGUGUGUUCCAAGUACAGUUUCCACUCAUCUAUAUAAAUGAACUGGUCCUUAAGGUCACAUAUAAAAUAGGUUUUCUAACAUUAUUGUUCUGUUGUGGCCAACAGGGACACCCAUUGUCUUGCAUCCAAAACCUGCUUGUGGGCCUUGAUGGCAACAACCAGAGCAAGGUGGAGCAGGCUGUCCAGAAGUGCAAAUUACAUCUCCUCUUCUAAUACUGUCAUUGUGGGUUCCCAGCAAUAUGUUUUCUAUAACAACAAGCAAUCUUAACUGACUGCUCUACACAAAGGCAGCAGAUCCAUGUCAAAAUGAGACUUUAUUGUCAAAUGUUCAGGCAAAAAAUGAUCAUAGGGAUAAUCUAAAAGUGGUAUUUGAGAAACUCUAAAGUUCAGUCUACAUGUUAUUUCUGCACAGAAGAAUGUCACACAAUGAGUCUGAAACAAGGGUUCAAGCUGGAGUAUCACAUGAUGUUUGACUUGCAUCUUUUGAUACACCAUGGCCAGACCCUAGGAUGGAGUGAACUGAAAAUAUGUAAUAGAACAAGAGAUAAAAAUAAAA